GGGGGGGGGGGCUUUGACAGGGAUUUUCUGGUGUCCCACACAGCUAUGUGGCUGGGAGGAUAAGGGAAGUUGUAUGAGAACAUAGCACAGAUGCAUUUCGCCGGGCGGAAGUAUGAGGCAAGCUGUCAGAGCCUUUUGCCCAAUCUGGAGGGACCUCUAGAUAAGGCCAUAAGGCCAAGAACUCUUCAAGGGAAAGAUCACAGUGAACAGAGAAGGGAAGAGGAGAGGUCCUCCCCCAGUGUACACCUAUAUAAAAUCAACAACAAACCCACCAAAGAAAAGAAGAACAGCCCCGAAACGAAUUUGGACCUACACCAUUGAAAAAGGAUGGACCGUCCGAUACGACUCACUCGAAUCCCGGGAGAAGACAUCUGGACCCAGUCCGACUUAGAUUCAAGCAACAACUCUGAUGAAGAAGGACCCAUAGAAGGAGACGAAAAGCAGCUGCUGCCCACACGGAAACGACCAAGGAAAGGAAAAUGGAUUUCUUGUUUUUGGAUUACCCUGAAAGUAUUAGCGGUAGUAGUCGGACUAGGAGUAGCCCUGACUAUACUGUACCACUACGGAGCAGAGCCCUGGGCCCUAACUCACGUAAAGGUUCAACACCGCAACACCAAGAAUUUUGUACAGACAUGUUGGGUCACAGAACCCCGCAUAAUAAUUAUAGCAUGGAAUGAUAACCAGACCCUCACCAAUCAGACUGAUCACUGGAACCAAGUGCGAGGUCAGAAUCGGACGGGAUGGAAAACGAAGUUAAAUGCUACGCAAGAAUGGCAUGAACAGAUGAAUGAAGCAAGCCUCAACGGUACCGCCUGGGUCGUUGAGGACUUACAAGUUGAUAAUACGAGUGGCAUUAUAGUAAAAACCCAACUUCUGAUAGAAAGAGAACAGAAGUCGGAGAAAUGCAACUGGGUGGAUCCCGACGAUAAUGACCCAGGAUGGUAUUGUACCUGGGGGUGCAAACCGUUGCCGGGAAGAAGAGGAGAAGGAUACUGGGUUAAGGAGAUAGUGUACGAGGCACCACCACACAACGACUCCUGCCGAGCCCUGUUUCCAAGAUGGGAAUUUUGGGGAUACUACGAUCUCUCAUGCGGAGCAGUAAAAAACCCAAGGAGCAAAAUUGGAAAGACAAGUCGGGGAACAACCAGCAAGUCUACCACAACCUCGCAUACCAGAGUAACUCAGACCCCAGGGGAAAGGGGCAACCAGAGCUACGGGCCAACCUCAACGCCAGGAACAACGCCGGCACCAGGUACAGCGGCCCUAGCACUGACACCGACCCCUGGGUUCACUCUGCAACUGGAGGAGCCGGCAUAUAUACCCCAAAACGACUCUCGGAUCAUUCGCAACAGAGCAGCCGCUAGUCGCUGUGUGCAUCAGAAAUUAAAACAUCUACGUCCCUGUUUUUGGAACGUCCAGCAACAGUGUAGAACGCAGAACUAUCUUGUCCUUGCCAGGGUGGGCCAACCAAGAUUCAACAUUCAAAAGGGAACAAUGGGAGGAGGCCGAUUAGCAAUACAUGAAGCAUGGCUAAAUGACACCCUCCCCUGGAUCUGGCUACCCCCCCUGAAGCAUUUCAUAGGAGCUUUUUCAACUGGGUAUGCAAGAACAGGACAAGGCCUCAAAGGACCCCACGUCAACGACAUGUAUGUCCAAAAGCUGCCAAAACCUGAAGAAUUGAUGGUUGCACCACCUGGAGACUUUGACAAAAUUGAUAAAUGUGUAGCCCAGGCAAUCUUUACUGACUUGAACGACACCAAUUGGGUCAAUGACGGAGUGACACCCCGUUGUCCGGUUUGGCAAACUAGCCUAGCAUGGGGAACCAUGAAAUACGACUGCAAAAGACUCAACGAUGCACAGACAGUGAAAGCGAUACUCCAGGGAUGGGAGAGACACAGCAACCUGGCAGUGACUAUGGGAUUUGCCAAGAAGCGACGAUAUGAGAGAGCCACUUGGUGGGGUUUACAAGCUCAGGAGGUACAAAACUGGGUAGUGCCGUGCUUAAGUCAGUCCAGCAACUACUGGGUGAAAUACCAAUAUCUGGCAACCGUAUACUCCAAAGAACGAGAGAUCUGGGCGAGUACAUGGUACCAACCAGAACCGUACAUGAGCCCAAGACCAUGGAAAAUGAUGUGUGAUGAAACUAACACCACCUGCACCAUCUCUCUUGCCCGGGAGAAUUGUGGUAAAAUCGACAUCUGGAAAGGUCGAUGUGAGGAAUACUAUGGGAAUGAGUACGAAACCUAUUCUCAGACAGUAAUAUGGAAAAAGAUGAAGAACGUCUGGCUACGAGCAUUUCCCCCCCGGGUGGGAUGUGCCAAAGCCAUUUUGGGCCAUGGCAUGGCAACCAGAAAAGACGUUAAUGGAAGGAUUAUACCCUAUGUAGCUAACCCCAUUAUGUACAUAGCCGAAGGUCACGCGUUCAGGAAGAGCCUGUGUGAAGGCAAGGAGUAUGUAGGAUAUCAGUGGAUGGGGCCGAACAGAAUCUACAACAACGGAACCUGCCAAACCCCAGACGAACACUGGGUCACCUGUGGACAAGGGAGACAUAAGCAUAAUUGCACCUGGUACGAGACAGCAGUCGCUACACUAGAAGAAGCAGCAUUGACUACCAUCGAGGGAGUAGUGGAAGUCCUGGGAGAAGGAGUCUCCGUAAUAGGAAGCUGGGUAGCGGCGUUUCUCUACAAACUUUGGCCAUACAUACUGAUGCUGACAGGACUCGCCUUGGCGGCGGUGGCUGGCUACGUGUUGGUAAAGGGAGGAGUCAGGGCCGCCCUUGGCUCCUUGACCAAUCGGAAACCAGCAAAAGGGGAAGAAGAGAAGCUCCUCCUCCGGAAGAGGGAGGAGACUUCAAGGAUAUAAGAACCGGACCGCAAGGAGCUACGGUCAUUCUUGUUCCUGGUCUUGACUGAACUAGAAGCAGCACCUGAACGACUUAUAAACCAAAACAUACUGAACCAAGGAGAUGAAUAACACCACAAAUAGCACGACUGCCAUGAUCCCAGCCCUAACCCACGGAGUGAGUAUGCUUGAAUACGCACUUAUACUAAUAAUAUGGAUCCUCUACUGCUGCACCGGGACCUGGUCCAGAGAGCAACCACUGAAGAUCCUAACCUUCCUGCAAGGAUGCACCAAUCUGAUCAUCCAAUGGGCCGCCUACGGUGUACAGGAUUGGGGGGCUUCAAUGUUCCUGGUCUACAUUAUGGGCCGUUGCACAAUCAACAGUGACCGCGAAGGGAUGUGCAAAUGAGUGUUGGUAGUGUUUUGGCUAAUCUUCGACACAAUCACCAUUUUCUUCAAUCACGUAAGAAUGGUGACUAUAGUCUACGAAGCCCUGAUUGCCACACUCCUGGUACUGCACCUCGUGAUGAUGACGAUGGCUUUGCAAAUAAGAGGAAGAAGGCGUUGGCUGGUCAAACUCAGCGCUGUUAUUCUAUGGGGCCUCGGCUGGGGCCUACUAUCCUGCCUAAUCUGGCUAGGAUUACUUGAUGUAAUAGUCCUAAUCGUCUGGUUCAUGUCGUAUGCUGCCCUUUUUCCGCCAAAAUCAGCCAUAAAGAGUCCAGGACUAACUCCACCACCAGUCCUGAAGUCACCAUGGCUGAGCAGAAUGGCUGAGCGACGUGCCGCUCGCCAGACCCCUCAGUAAACCAAGGGUCUGCAACCAAAGCUUGCUGCGCUUAGUAAAAAGCUGAAUAUAUUAAUUGUUUAAUCAAAACUCUGUGUUAUACCUUGUAGGAAGAAGCCGGCUGCCACUGUGGGAUAUCCCUGGAGAAAACCAAAUAUCUCUGGGAUAUGCGUCUCGCAUUGUGGUGCAACAGCUGUUAUGAGAAAACCUUUCCCGUACAUCUGGCACGAGGGGUGCUAUGUCAACAGGAUUCCCUUUGUAUCCCAGUGAUAGCCCUAGAUCAAGUCUGCCGAGUGGAAAGUACGGCAACCAUCGUCUGGACAUCGCUAACACCUCACUUCCAAGAAUCCGAUGGGCCAAGUUCGGGUCCUACCUUCCCACCUACAUGAAAAUGUGGGUAUUCCCAGAUGGUAAAUAUGCCUCUUCCAGUCACUUCAGCGAUGGUAGAUUCGUGGCAAUAGGAGCGCCGUUUUCCGGCGGCCAGACGCCAAGUUCUACCACAGAAGUCGCAACUCAAACCGAAGGAGUUGGCUGGUACUACGAGGGUACAGGAGAAGGACUAAUUGAGGUGGGAUGGCCAUCUGGCACUCCGACUGAGAGUCGGGAGAACGAGCAAUCUUCAGGUUCAUCCAUGUCCUUGUUGGUAGAAGAAGAAGUACAAGCAACCCUUAAAGCUAUCGAGGAUCAUUGCAAAGAAGAAGGACUUUUGAAACCUGAGUCGGAGCCAGAGAACAGCCUCGCAGAGGCAUUGCUGACCCUCGAGACGGACUUAGACAACAGCCUCAAGGAAAUACCAAUGGAGGACACCCAAGAUGCCGUCGGAGCCGAGGAAUUCACCACCCCGGCUGCAGAGGGAACACCAUACCUAGAGGAACCACUAAUUCUUGAUCAAUGGGAACUGAUCAGUGAACCAACUCCAGGACCCAAGGAGAUACCAGGAGGAGAAACACCCCCUGAAUCGGAGAGGGUGCCAGAAGAAGACGUGCUUAUUCUUUCGGUAGAAAGAGAGGAUGAUCUACUCGAGGAACUGCCAUCCCCGACACGGGAGGUGCGCUGGUCCCCGACACUGAUUAGAAGAAAAUCCCCGUCACCAGAAAGAAGGAGAAGAUUCCCCUCAUCGAUCAUAAGAAGAUCCCCAACACCUAUAAUGAGGAGGUCCCCGACGAGAAUGAUACAGAUGACACCGCCGCAGGACAGAUGGAGACCUCGACCUCAAGAAGGGGGUGUCAAGAGAAAGUUGAGAUCUCGCUCUCGACACGAAUACCGGGCACAUGCCUGGUAUGGACAGAGAUAAACCGUCCACUUCACAAUUGAGGAAGAAGCCGGCUGCCACUGUGGGAUAUCCCUGGAGAAAACCAAAUAUCUCUGGGAUAUGCGUCUCGCAUUGUGGUGCAACAGCUGUUAUGAGAAAACCUUUCCCGUACAUCUGGCACGAGGGGUGCUAUGUCAACAGGAUUCCCUUUGUAUCCCAGUGAUAGCCCUAGAUCAAGUCUGCCGAGUGGAAAGUACGGCAACCAUCGUCUGGACAUCGCUAACACCUCACUUCCAAGAAUCCGAUGGGCCAAGUUCGGGUCCUACCUUCCCACCUACAUGAAAAUGUGGGUAUUCCCAGAUGGUAAAUAUGCCUCUUCCAGUCACUUCAGCGAUGGUAGAUUCGUGGCAAUAGGAGCGCCGUUUUCCGGCGGCCAGACGCCAAGUUCUACCACAGAAGUCGCAACUCAAACCGAAGGAGUUGGCUGGUACUACGAGGGUACAGGAGAAGGACUAAUUGAGGUGGGAUGGCCAUCUGGCACUCCGACUGAGAGUCGGGAGAACGAGCAAUCUUCAGGUUCAUCCAUGUCCUUGUUGGUAGAAGAAGAAGUACAAGCAACCCUUAAAGCUAUCGAGGAUCAUUGCAAAGAAGAAGGACUUUUGAAACCUGAGUCGGAGCCAGAGAACAGCCUCGCAGAGGCAUUGCUGACCCUCGAGACGGACUUAGACAACAGCCUCAAGGAAAUACCAAUGGAGGACACCCAAGAUGCCGUCGGAGCCGAGGAAUUCACCACCCCGGCUGCAGAGGGAACACCAUACCUAGAGGAACCACUAAUUCUUGAUCAAUGGGAACUGAUCAGUGAACCAACUCCAGGACCCAAGGAGAUACCAGGAGGAGAAACACCCCCUGAAUCGGAGAGGGUGCCAGAAGAAGACGUGCUUAUUCUUUCGGUAGAAAGAGAGGAUGAUCUACUCGAGGAACUGCCAUCCCCGACACGGGAGGUGCGCUGGUCCCCGACACUGAUUAGAAGAAAAUCCCCGUCACCAGAAAGAAGGAGAAGAUUCCCCUCAUCGAUCAUAAGAAGAUCCCCAACACCUAUAAUGAGGAGGUCCCCGACGAGAAUGAUACAGAUGACACCGCCGCAGGACAGAUGGAGACCUCGACCUCAAGAAGGGGGUGUCAAGAGAAAGUUGAGAUCUCGCUCUCGACACGAAUACCGGGCACAUGCCUGGUAUGGACAGAGAUAAACCGUCCACUUCACAAUUGAGGUAACACAGAGAGAAAUAUGAGAAAGUCAAUCAUGAAAGCAUUGCAAGCCAAAGUAAUAAAGAUCUCAUGAUAAAUAA